AUGGCCUCCAAUCCACCCGGACAGUGCUGUGCCGUUGGCGUCAAGCAUGAAGGAACUGCGGUCGGGGAGGUGAAAACAAUUGCGGAUGUUCGCGCCUACUUCUCCUAUCCAAAGGACAAGAGCACGCACAAUGCCAUCCUCAUCAUCACUGAUAUCCUGGGUAUGGACUUCAUCAAUGUCCAGCUCAUCGCCGACCAAUUCGCCGCCAACGGCUACUUCGUCGUCGCCCCUGACCUCUUCAACGGUGCCCCUGCCCCAGUCAACGACCCCAACUUCGACAUCAAGAAGUGGAUCCAGGAUAGCAUGCCCAGGACCCACCAGGUCGACCCCAUCCUCGAGGCCACCAUCAAAGAGCUUCGUGGCUCUUACGGCGUCAAGAGACUGGGGGGUGUCGGAUACUGCUUCGGCGGAAAGUACGUCUGUCGCUUCCUCAAGUCGGGCAAGCUCGAUGCCGGUUACAUUGCGCAUCCCAGCUUCGUCGACGCCGAGGAGGUUGAGGGUAUCGAGGGCCCGUUGAGCAUUGCUGCUGCAGAAACCGACCAUAUCUUCCCCGCCGAAAAGCGCCACGAGACCGAAGCCAUCCUCCUCAAGCACAAAGUUCCCUACCAAAUCAACCUCUUCUCCGACGUCGUGCAUGGUUUCGCAGUUCGCUGCGAUCUCUCCAAGCGACGUGAGAAGUUCGCGAAGGAGCAGGCCUUCUUCCAGGCCGUGGCUUGGUUCGACGAGUACGUGAAGUCGGGGUGA